AUGCCGGACCGCAGAGCGGCCCUGCAGGACGGCCAGCCGGACACACGCUUGGGGACCACGCAGGAACACUUGGGGACCGGCUCCCUGCCUGAUGGACACACGCUCUCCAAGGAGUCCCUAAACCAUGCUCUGGACUUCUCGUCCCCCGAGAAAGCAAAGGAUGCUCUGCCGAACUUCCCAGAGGAGGCGCUGUGGACCACUCGGGCCGACGGGCGGGUCCGCCUGCGCCUCGACCCCGGCUGCCCUCUGCAUCCCCCCUACACUGUGCAUCGGAUGUUCUGCCAGUCCCUGGAGAAGUACAGUCACCUCCGUGCCCUGGGCUUCAAGCGCCAGGGUGCGUGGGAGCACAUCACCUACUCCCAGUACUACCUGCUGGCCCGCAAGGCUGCCAAAGGCUUCCUGAAGCUCGGCCUGGAGCCGGCGCACAGUGUGGCCAUCCUUGGCUUCAACUCCCCGGAGUGGUUCUUCUCGGCAGUGGGCACAGUGUUCGCAGGAGGCAUUGUCACCGGCGUCUACACGACCAGCUCCCCCGAGGCCUGCCAGUACAUCGCCCACGACUGCCGCGCCAACAUCAUCCUGGUCGACACGCGGAAGCAGCUGGAUAAGAUCCUGAAGAUCUGGAAAGACCUGCCCCACCUGAAGGCGGUGGUGACGUACCGAGAGCCCCCUGCCGAGAAGAUGGCCAGCGUGUACACGAUGGAGGAGUUCAUGGAGCUGGGGGACCAGGUGCCCGAGGAGGACCUGGACGCCGCCAUCAACGCCCAGCAGCCCAACCAGUGCUGUGUGCUCGUCUACACGUCUGGCACCACCGGCAGCCCCAAGGGCGUGAUGCUGAGUCAGGACAACAUCACGUGGACGGCACGGCACUGCAGCCAGGCGGGCGGGAUCCAGCCGUCAGAUGUCCAGCAGGAGGUGGUGGUCAGCUACCUGCCCCUCAGCCACAUCGCCGGCCAGAUCUACGACCUGUGGGCGGCCCUCCAGUGGGGGGCCCAGGUCUGCUUUGCUGAACCGGAUGCCCUCCAGGGGAGCCUGGUGGACACGCUGCGGGAGGUGCAGCCCACGUCCCACAUGGGGGUGCCUCGGGUGUGGGAGAAGAUCAUGGAGCGCAUCCAGCAGGUGGCAGCGCAGUCCAGCUUCAUCCGGCGCAAGAUGCUGCUGUGGGCCAUGUCGGUGAUGCUGGAGCAGAACCUCACCUGCCCGGGCAGCGACCUGAAGCCCUUCACAGCCAGGCUGGCAGACUACCUGGUGCUGGCCAAGGUCCGCCAGGCGCUGGGCUUCGUCAGGUGUCAGAAGAGCUUCUACGGAGCAGCCCCCAUGACCAUGGAGACGCAGCACUUCUUCCUGGGCCUCAACAUCCGCCUGUACUCGGGCUAUGGCCUCAGCGAGACCUCGGGCCCUCACUUCAUGUCCAGCCCCUUCAACUACCGGCUGUACAGCUCCGGCAAGUUGGUACCCGGUUGCCAGAUGAAGCUCGUGAACCAGGAUGCGGAGGGCACCGGCGAGAUCUGCUUGUGGGGCCGCACCGUCUUCAUGGGCUACCUGAACAUGGAGGAGAAGACGCGCGAGGCCAUCGACGCUGACGGCUGGCUGCACACGGGCGACCUCGGCCGCCUGGACGCCGACGGCUUCCUCUACGUCACAGGACGACUGAAAGAACUGAUCAUCACGUCCGGCGGAGAGAACGUGCCGCCGGUGCCCAUCGAGGAGGCCGUGAAGAUGGAGCUGCCGAUCGUCAGCAGCGCCAUGCUGAUCGGGGACCAGAGGAAGUUCCUGACCAUGCUGCUCACCUUGAAGUGCACCCUGGACCCGGACACCUCUGACCCGACCGACCGCCUGACCGAGCAGGCCGUGGAGUUCUGCCAGCGCGUGGGCAGCAGCGCCACCACGGUGUCCGAGAUCGUGGGGGGCAGGGAUGAGGCCGUGUACCAGGCCAUCAAGGAGGGCAUCCAGAGGGUGAACAGGCGCGCGGCCGCCCGACCCUACCACAUCCAGAAGUGGGCCAUUCUCGAGAGGGACUUCUCCAUUUCGGGCGGAGAGCUGGGUCCCACCAUGAAACUGAAGCGGCUCGUGGUUCUGGAGAAGUACAAAGACAUCAUCGAGUCCUUCUACGACGAGCAAAAAAAGUAACAAGGGGGUGCCUCCUUCCGCCUCCUGAAGCCGACAGGCCUCCCAGAGCGAUGUGAUUCGUGGCGUCUUCCAUCUGGGCACAAGGACUUCUGGCAGGUCUGUUAGGUCUCGAGUCAGGUAUGAUUCCGGCAUCUGUACUUGCCAGGUCUCCUGCCAGCAACCGCUGAUGAUUCCAAGAAGCUUCGCGUGU